UUCAUUUUCAUUGUUUCCGUUUCUCACUAACUCAGUCACUCCUUCUGACUCUAUCUCUCUCUCUCUCUCUCUCUCUUUAUAUGAUAUCUAUCUAUCUCACUCCCCUCGCAUCACACAACACAACUCGUUGAACCCUAAUUCGACACAGUGUAUGGUUUCCUAGGUUAUGGCUUCAGACAGUGCUUCUCGGUCCAGUUCUGCGGCCGAUUCCUACAUUGGCUGCUUGAUCAGUUUGACCUCCAAGAGUGAGAUCAGAUACGAGGGUGUUCUCUACAACAUCAACACCGAUGAGUCCAGUAUUGGCCUCAGAAACGUGCGAUCUUUUGGAACAGAAGGAAGGAAAAAGGAUGGUCCACAAAUUCCUCCAGGUGACAAGGUGUAUGAGUAUAUACUGUUCCGCGGAACAGACAUCAAGGAUUUACAGGUUAAAUCUUCUCCACCUGUCCAGCCUAUUCCACCGAUAAACACUGAUCCAGCUAUUAUUCAGUCUCAAUAUCCUCGCCCUGUCACCACAUCUGCGAGUUUACCAGCCGUAAGUGGGUCUUUGGCUGAUCUUAGUACUCAUGCCCCACAGCUCGGACAUCCUGGAUCAAAUUUUCAAGGGCCCAUGCCUUUAUAUCAACCUGGAGGGAACAUAGGGUCAUGGGGAGCGUCUUCAGCUGCCCCAAAUGCAAAUGGUGGUGGGCUUGCUAUGCCUAUGUAUUGGCAAGGAUAUUAUAGUGCCCCAAAUGGACUUCCUCCUCAUUUGCACCAGCAAUCUUUGCUUCGACCACCGCCUGGCUUAUCGAUGCCUUCAUCUAUGCAGCAACCAAUGCAGUUUCCUAAUUUUAGUCCCGCUUUGCCAACUGGGCCUUCAAAUUUGCCAGAAUUACCAUCAUCUUUACUCCCUAUGGGUACUAGUUCUGCUGGUAUAACAUCAACUUCUAUACCCUCAUCGAAUCUUGCAUCAACCUUACCUCCAGCUCCUUCUGCUACACUAGCUCCUGAAACUUUGCAAGGAUCAGUUCCAAACAGGACAUCAACUGUUUCGCUUCCAGCAGUCACACUAGCAGCUAACUUACCAUCAGUAACUCCUAGUGGUCCAGAUAUCAGUGCAUUAGCACCACUGAUUAACAAAUCUAGUGUAAUUUCUGGUUCAAGCUUGCCAUACCAAACUUUAUCCCAGAUGACUCCUGCAAUUGUUGGAUCAUCAAAUUCUACCUUGCCAUACCAAACUGUAUCCCAGACGACUCCUGCAAUUGCUGGGUCAUCAAAUUCUAUCCUGCCAUACCAAACUGUAUCCCAGAUGACUCCUGCAAUUGUAGGAUCAUCAAAUUCUACCCGUAUAGAAACACCAGUCCCUUCUCUGGUAACCCCUGGUCAAUUAUUGCAAUCUGGACCAACUGUAGCAUCUUCAUCUCAGACCUCACAAACACCUCAUAAGGAUGUUGAAGUGGUUCAGGUAUCAUCAACGUUGCCUCCAGAGACAUCUGUCCCAGUUUCUGCUGACACUCAGCCACCAAUAUUGCCUUUGCCAGUAACUUCACGGCCCAGCCAGAGGCUCGGGGGAGCGUCCAUCCAACCUCAUCAUGGCUAUGGUUAUAGGGGACGUGGAAGAGGAAGAGGAAUUGGGGGUUUACGCCCGGUUGAAAGAUUCACUGAAGAUUUUGACUUCAUGGCUAUGAACGAGAAAUUCAAAAAGGAUGAAGUGUGGGGCCAUCUAGGUAAAAGCAACAAGUCUUCAAAGGAAAAAGAGGUGGAAGAAAAUGCCAGUGAAGAUGAAAGUCAAGAUGAAGACAAUGGUGAUGUAUCAAAAGUGGAAUCGAAGCCUGUUUACAACAAGGAUGAUUUCUUCGACUCACUCUCUUGCCAUGCGCUUGACCAUGAUUCACAAAAUGGAAGGAUUAGAUAUUCUGAACAAAUUAAGAUCGAUACCGAGACAUUUGGUGAUUUUCAAAGGCACCGUGGUGGGUGGGGUGGCCGUGGUCCAUGGCGUGGUGGACGUUCUCGAGGUGGUGGUUAUCAUGGAAGGGGGUAUGGCUAUGGCGGACGAGGAAGGGGACGUGGCGUGCCCAAUCCCAAUCGUUCUUAGAUGGCAGUGUUUGUGUUUGGUUAAGUUGUGGUGGUGGUUUAGGCAGCCACCCACUAAAACAACGGUUUUUGAGGCUAUGCCUCAAUAUGGUGUUUUUUCUUAUAUCCAUUUGGUCAUAGAAUAAGUAGGACAGAUUUUUCUUGUUAUGUAGCUGCCUAAAUUUGGUUUGGUGCGAAGAUUUAAUUUGAGUUGAUAACAUGAGAAAGGCAGAAGUUUAUACUAGUCUCUUGCGAUGAAUUGUUUAUGUAUGUAAGCAAUCAGCAAGUUAUACAUUUUAGAGGCGGAUUAUCUAUCAGAUUGUUUGCAUUGUAAAUGCAAGUUAUAGUUUUUGUUAUGCGACCUUCACUCCCUCUGGCUAGAAUGUGAAAACGCUGUUCUUCAAAUCAUUGGGCAGCCCAAUCUUACAUCAUAUAAAUCAAGAUCUAAACAUGUGAGUUUUUGUAGAA